GGGCGCGCACCCAGCCCAGCCGGAGCCCGCGUUUCCUGAGGGACCCCUGCCCGCAUCUGGGGCGAGAUGGCCGCAGGCAUCCGGGCGCCCGAGCCGCGGGUCCUCGUCUGCCUCGGGGCGCUGCUGGCCCGCUGGGGCGCCGCAGGACUGGAGGCUGUUGUCAUUGGAGAAGUUCAUGAGAACAUUACUCUGCACUGUGGCAACAUCUCAGGACCGAGGGGCCUAGUGACCUGGUACCGGAAUGACUCGGAGCCUGUCUUCCUCCUGUCCUCCAAUUCCAGCCUCCUGCCAGCCGAGCCGCGCUUCUCUCUGGCAAAUGCCAGCUCCCUGCACAUCGAGGCGCUGAGCCUGCUGGACGAGGGGAACUACACCUGCCGGGAGGACCUGAACGAGACUCGGUGGUUCCAAGUGUGGCUGCAGGUGGCCAGCGGCCCCUAUGAGGUUGAAGUCACUAUUUCCAGCACCGGCACGCUCCCCAAUGGCACCCUCUAUGCAGCCCAGGGCUCCCAGGUGGAUUUCAGCUGCAGUAGCAGCUCCUGGCCUUCACCGAUGGUUGAGUGGUGGUUCCAGGCCCCGGAUUCGAGGAGCGAGCCCUUUGGAAACAACCUGACGGUCAGCUGUUUCGCUCUGCUACUGAUGUCCACAAACCUCCAAGGGAACUACACCUGUUCGGCCAUGAACAUGCUCAGUGGAAGGCAUCGAAAGGUGACCACUGAGCUCCUUGUCUACUACCCCCCUCCAUCAGCCCCUCAGUGCUGGGCAGAGAUGUCACCAGGAUCAUUCAAGCUGCAGCUCACCUGUCGCUGGGAUGGGGGAUACCCAGACCCAGACUUUCUGUGGACAGAAGAGCCAGGAGGUGUGGUCGUGGGGUCGUCAAAGCUGGGGGUGGAGAUGCUGAACCAGUCCCAACUGUCGGAUGGCAAGAAGUUCAAGUGUGUUGGGAGCCACAUAGUGGGGCCAGAGUCAGGAGCCAGCUGUAUGGUACAGAUCAGGAGCCCCUCCCUUCUCCUCUCAGAGCCCAUGAAGACUUGCUUUAUAGGGGGCAAUGUGACGCUCACCUGUCAAGUGUCUGGAGCCUACCCCUCUGCCAAGAUCCUGUGGCUGAGGAACCUCACCCAGCCGGAAACAGUCAUCCAGCCCAACAGCCACUAUCUCAUCACCCAGAAUGGCCAGAGCUCCACCCUCACCAUCCACAACUGCUCCCAGGACCUGGAUGAGGGCUACUAUGUCUGCCGGGCUGAGAACCCCGUGGGGGUGAGGAAGGUGGACAUCUGGCUGAGCGUGAAAGAACCUUUAAAUAUUGGUGGAAUUGUGGGCACCAUUGUGAGUCUCCUUCUGCUGGGACUGGCCAUUAUCUCAGGGCUUAUGCUGUACUACAGCCCUGUGUUCUGCUGGAAAGUAGGAAACACUUUCAGGGGGCAAGACAUGGAUGAUGUCAUGGUUUUGGUGGAUUCAGAAGAGGAAGACGUGGAGGAGGAGGAAGAUGCUGCAGAAGUGGAGGAGGAGGAAGCAAAUGAGAGGGAGGAGGUGCCAAAAGAAAUACACAAGCACGGCCACAUUCAUAGAGUGACCGCAUUGGUGAAUGGGAACGUAGACCAGAUGAGCAAUGGACUCCAGGCUCUGCAAGACGACAGCAGUGAGCAGCAGAGUGACAUCGUUCAAGAAGAUGACAGGCCAGUUUGAAGAAGAGAACUGUCCUUCAUUAUCCUGUCUUAAAAGCUUGGAAAGCUACACUGAAGAUGAGCUUUGCAUUCUGCUUUGACUUGACCUGCACCCCUGCCUGAGGGCUAGAAAAGGUUUGGGGUUCUUAGCAAAAAGGAAAAACACACACACAUCUUUCCUUCCAUUUUUUUCCUAAAUUGGUUUGACUUGCUGUAAGUUUUCUCAGUGAUGUUAAAAAGCAUUGGGAACAGGCAGUGUGUGGGGGACAGCUGCAUAUGGCAUCUGAGAUGCCCCUUUCCCUGUGACUCCUGGCUUUAUCCAGGUUGACUGAUGCUGAUUUGGGGGGACAGGAGUGGGGGGGAGGCACUUGGCCUCAGCGCACUCUGCCACUAUUAAAGGUCUGUAACCAGCUAGCCCCAGCACACAAGGGAAUAGCGCGGGGUGGUAAGGACACUUCCUUUAUCACUGCCCAGGUGAGCUGAGGAACCAGACAAACGUCAGCUUCCUGGAAAAGGUGAGGAGGUGUCAGCUACCAAU